AUGGACGACGGCGGCCAACUCGAGUAUCCCAAAAUCGCGCGUCCACAACCACAACAGCCACCAUAUUCUGUGAAGAUAUCAACAUCCCCUCUGCGCUGCCAGUUUCGCUGUGGCCAUAGAAUAUCUUCCUACACGGUCGGUCUUGUAUGCACCUCCAGCCACUUUACACCUGUCUCGGCCCAUUCUGGCGGUGACAAACAGAGGAAGAAUCUGCCAAUAAGAACAUACACCGCAACCUGUGGAGUUGAUUACAACUGUUCCGGCAUUUCUUACACCUUGCUCAACGGCCAACAACAGUGA